UGCGUGUCAACAGCACAGAUUUCCACGCGCAGAGUGAGUCAGUGCGCGUAUAUUCAUUCACAGUGAUUGUAGAAAUGCGCAAUUCCGUGCGGCGACGGCUGGCGAGCUGGAAAACCCCACUGGAAUUACAAAUCCUGUAUUUGGAUCAAUUCUAACGGAUUAUCUGAGUGAACAUAAGAUUACAGUCAUGCUACAUUUAAUCUGCCUCCUGUGCCUCGUGGACAUAUCUGAUGCAGUCAUGGAUCUCACAAUGACCUCUAACGGGGCCACAUCUGCUCAUCAUUUCCGCCUCUCUUGCGUUUCUGGAGAGUGUGAUACAGACGGGAUUCAGCUGAGCAUCACAAAGGACAACAGCAUUGUCCUUCGUGCAGAUUCGCCACAUUUUGAUGUGCAGAGACCACAGACUAAAGAAGUGGUGGCUACUGGAUUUACAGGCUUUGACCACAGUGGGAUUUUCUACUGUCACUCAAAAAGGGGCUCUGACCAACCUGGCAGUGUUACUCUCAUCAACAACUACAGCAAAGACCACUUUAAACCAGUGAGAGUCACUCUGACGGCCAGUAAAGGAGACAAAGUGAAACUAAUCAUGGAUGUUGUUGGGACAGAAAGACGAGACAUUGCUUGGAAAUUCAAUGGUAACUACUACUACAUGACUCCUAUUGCUGAUGUUCAAAACCGCACAGCAGUUCUGGAUCUGAUGAAAGUUGAUGAAAGCCAUACAGGAAUUUACAGUGUCAGCUAUGUUGGGGACAGUGCUCUUUAUAGUGCCUGGAUCCGCCUCAUCGUUCGUGAAUGUCCAAAGAAUAAAUGGGGCUCAGACUGUGACAAAGACUGUCCCGAAUGCUUGAAUGGAGGCGUGUGCCAUGAUAAAAAUGGAGAUUGUGUUUGCCCACCGGGGUUUAUGGGAAUGCGCUGUGAGACAGCCUGUCGUGAAGGAAUGUUUGGUAGGAACUGCCAGGAAUCCUGUAAAUCGGAGAAUGGAUGCCAGGGCUUGAGUUUCUGUCUCACGGAUCCUUACGGCUGUUCUUGUGCCAGCGGCUGGCAUGGAGAUCACUGUCGUAAACCCUGUCUUGAAGGAAUGUACGGCGCUGACUGUCUUUUAAGUUGCAACUGCAAGAACAAAGGCAAAUGCAAUCGAUUCAGUGGCUGCCAAUGUCCUACAGGCUGGAGAGGGCAAUACUGUGAGAAAUCAGAUCGUGCACCAGAGAUUUUGGACAUGGCUAGUAACCUGGAGGGAAACUUGAACUCCAGCCACAAGAUCACAUGUUCUGCAACAGGCUAUCCACUGCCAAGCCAUAUGAGUAUUGAGCUACGCAAGCUGGAAAGCAUCGUUCUUAAGGCAUCACACACUACCAUGGACUCCAAAAAAAGCACAGCUCACUUUGAGAUCCCAAGGCUGUCUGCAGAGCAUAAUGGUCUGUGGGAAUGUCGAGUCUCCACCUAUGGUGGGCAGGAUUCCUUCAAGUUUAUCUUAACUGUGAAAGAGCCACCCUACCCAACCACUGCUCCUAAACUGCUGUCUAGGAGUAGCAAACAGCUGGUUGUAAAGCCAGUGGACACUUAUGUGGGUGACGGUCCCAUUGUUUCCACUAAGCUACUUUACAAGCCAGUGGAUACAGAAGACUCCUGGUCCUCCAUUAUAGUGUAUGGCAGUGAUCAAAUCACUUUACCGAAUUUGAAGCCCUCAACCAGAUACCAUGUCCGUGUACAACUCGCUCGCCAAGGGGAAGGAGGAGAAGGUCCUUUGGGUCCAGAGGCAAUCAUGGAGACUGACUGUCCAGAAGAGACUAUCUUACAGUUCAACUCUGGGACUCUCACACUGACCCGACGACCAAAGCCUUCCACGGAGCCCCUUACCUAUCCCAUACUGGAGUGGGAGGACAUUAAGUUUGAGGAUGUCAUUGGAGAAGGGAACUUUGGUCAGGUCAUCAAGGCCAUGGUCAAAAAAGAUGGCAUAAAAAUGAGUGCUGCGAUUAAAAUGCUCAAGGAGUUCUCCUCAGAGAAUGACCAUCGAGACUUUGCCGGUGAAUUAGAAGUGCUGUGUAAAUUGGGACAGCAUCCAAACAUAAUAAAUCUAAUAGGUGCCUGUGAAAACAGAGGUUACCUUUACAUUGCCAUUGAAUAUGCACCGUACGGAAAUCUUUUGGACUUCCUAAGAAAGAGUCGUGUCCUAGAGACCGAUCCUGCUUUUGCUAAAGAGCACGGAACUGCCUCCACACUCACCUCCCAGCAGCUCUUGCAGUUUGCUGCUGAUGUAGCAACUGGCAUGCAUUACCUUGGUGACAAACAGACACCCAACCAUCUGUCUUGGUUUUUCAGGUGGUCUUUUGGAGUUCUUCUGUGGGAAAUUGUAAGUUUAGGUGGGACUCCAUACUGUGGGAUGACCUGUGCUGAGCUCUAUGAGAAGCUUCCUCAGGGCUACAGAAUGGAGCAGCCCAGGAACUGUGAUAAUGAAGUGUAUGAACUUAUGAGGCAGUGCUGGCGAGACAGACCCUAUGAGCGACCGCCAUUUUCACAAAUAUCUGUCCAGCUCAAUAGGAUGCAAGAGGCACGGAAGGUCUAUGUCAACAUGGCUCUCUUCGAGAACUUCACUUAUGCUGGAAUAGAUGCUACAGCUGAAGAGGCCUGACUACCAACCCCCCCAGACCCAAGAAGGGUUCAUAACCCAAGGGAGGCUCAUCAUAGUAGGGCUUCGCGCUACUGUCACUCCCCUGUGGUCAGGUUCCAUUGUUCAAAGAGACACUCCACCAAAACCACAUGGCUAUAGAGAACAGACUGUGAAAGGACACUCUUAUGAGCUGUGACUCUAGAUUCUAGAAGGAUUCAUAUCUCAGGACUUGUUGGAUUACUCAAGAGGAAAUGGAACCUACAAUACAAGCUACAGAUGUAGCACACUGGGUCUGUGGGGAUCUGGACCAUGCACUGGACUUCUUUUCCAUCUUUUAUUGGGAGAAUCAUUGUGUGAGGUUGUUCAAAUGUACAUUAAUCAAACACAGUUUAUUCCGUGGACAAAAACGGCAGUAUUAUUCAAUGUAGCACUUGAGAAAGCGAUGUAUUGUCCUUAUUGAAACUCAUUUGUUUAGCUUGAGUGAGUUCUGUACAUAAUGUUUAUGUUGUUUAUCAGACCGUAAAAAGCCACUAAAGAUCUUUAUUUAUGUUUUUUUUUUACGUAUGACAUAUGUAUGACACGCUAUAGCUAU